AUGUCAAAUGACACAUCAAGGGAGCAAUCAGAAUCGGAGAUAGAACUCUCCAGUCCCUCUUCUUCUAUUUCUCUAUCUGAUUCUGAAAGAAAAAAUGAAAGUGAGAAUCAAGAACGUUCAAACGAACCUCUAAUAGAAGAACAAAAAGGAAGUGUAAUUGGACUGAAAGACUUUCCUGAGGAAAGUCCAUCAGGAAGAAAGAGUGAUGAAAAGAGAUUAAGUUCAGAAAGUAGUGAAAAAUUAUCUUCAAAUUCAAUUUCUUCUCAAACAAAAUCAGACAGUGGUAAUGAAAAUUCAGAACAAGAAAAAGAUGAGAGGGAUCAUGAAAAACCCCAGGAAAAGGUAGAAGUUAAAGAAGAAGAAAAAAAGGAAGAAAUAAAAGAAGAAGUUAAAGAAGAAGUUAAAGAAGAAGUUAAAGAAGAAAAAAAGGAAGAAAUAAAAGAUACAGUUGAAGCAACAAAAGAAAAAAAAGAUCAAGAAAAAGAAGCUAUUACAGAAGAAGGAAUAAAGUUAUUAAUUAAAUAUUGUGAUAAUGCUGAUUAUGAAGAAAUUAAAAAAUUAACAACGAAAUACAAUAUUAACUAUAGUUAUCAAGAUGAAGAAGGAAAGACAUAUUUACAUCAUUAUUGUAAUCAACCUAAAGAUUGUAUAGAAAUAAUAAAAUUAAUUACAAAUAAAGAAAGUACAAAAAUUAAAGAUAAAAAAGAUAAACUUGCAUUAGAAUAUGCAAUUGAACAAAGAUUAGAAAUGUCAAUUCAAGUAAUAUUAGAAAUUAAUGAUAGAGCUGAUGUUAAAGUAUGUUAUGAUGCAGGACAAAUAAAUAUAGAAAAACCCGAAGGAAUAAAUAGAUUUGGAUUCUUUCAUUCUGAAGAUGAAGAGAAAAGUAUUAUUUAUGAUGUUAAGAUACAAUCAAAUCAAAAAAUUAAACAAGAAAAAAAUAGAAAUAAAAAAUGGAAGAAAAUGUUAGAAAUAUGGAAAGAAACGGUUCCACAUAAAUUAAGUGAAAGAGUUAUGAAAGGAGUACCAAUGAAUUAUAGAAGAGAUUUAUGGAAAAAAUUACUUGAAAUAGAUAAUAUCGAUGAAAAAAUUCUAAAGGAAUAUAAAGAAUUAAAUGAAAAAGAUAAUAGGUCAGAACAUGAUAAACAAAUUGAUUUAGAUAUUAAUCGAACAUUUCAGUUACAUUAUAACUUUAAAAUUAGAUAUUGUGGUGGUCAAAAAGAAUUAUUUAAUGUUCUUCAUUCAUUAUCUGAAACAGAACCAGAAUUAGGUUAUGUUCAAGGAAUGUCUAGUGUUAUUAGUGUUUUUACAAUGUUUUUAAAAGAAGAAGAAGCUUAUGCAGGUGCAAAGAAAAUAUGUGGAGACAAAUAUAAAUGGAAAGAAAUGUUUUUGAAUUUUGACUUAAUUCAAAAGUUAUGGAAAAUAACUGGAAUUAUUAUGAAAGAACAUUAUCCUCAAAUGUUUGGUCAUUUAAAAAAAUUAGAAAUUAUUGAUUGUCCUAUGCCUUUUUUCAUUUUUGAAUGGCACUAUUUAUGGUAUGUUCAUGCAUUUAACUUUGAAAUUUCUUUAAGAGUAUUUGACUUUAUUUUAAUGGAUGGAUUUUGUGCUUUAAUGAGUGUUGCUAGAACAAUUAUGUUUUAUAUUCAAGACGAAGUACUUAAAAUAAAAACUAAUGAAGACCUUCAACAAAAGUUAAAAACUCCUUUGUUAUUAUUACCUAAAGAAAAAAGACCUACUGCUAAUAUGUUUAUGAGUACAGUAGAAAAGAAAAGAUUUACUCAAGACCAAGUUAAUGAAUUAUUAAAUCAAUGUACUUUAUAA